AUGUACCAGUUGGCCAGCAGUUGCCAGGAUAGGGGUGGUGGUUGUGUCAGGUUGGACUCACUAGAGGGUGAAGCAGUACAGCAUGGUAUUCACCCUGCCGAACAAGGAGGAUGGACUCCAAGCGAUGGAGGCAAACUGGCGGAGACAAGCCUAGAGAGUAUACUGAAGGACCUAAGGGAUACAAGGGUGGAAGUGACGAUUCCCAAGUUUAAAGUAGAACAGACUCUUAAGCUCAAGGACAUCUUACAAAAGAUGGGUCUGAAAGAUGUUUUCUCCAGCAAAGCAAAUUUGCACGGUGUGGCCAAUGGAGAUAAUCUUUAUGUCAGCGAUGUUAUCCAGAAAACCUUCAUCAACGUUCACGAGAACGGGACGGAGGCUGCUGCUGCCACAGGUCUCACUCGUUGUGAAAUCUUUGAACAUCAACCGACUACGCUUCAAGGCAGAUCAUCCAUUCCUCUUCUACCUGAUCUCAAAUAGAGGAAGUAUUGUGUUGUUCACUGGCAGAUUCAGCUUGCCCACACACUUGCAAUAACAGUGCAA